GCUCGAGGUGCUUGAGAUUUGAGAUUUGUAUUGAGAUUUGUAUCAAAACUCAUAUCAAGACUCAUAUCGAGAUUCAUAUCAAGAUUCAUAUCUACAUUCACAUCGAGAACUCAGUUUGCAGAAGCGGUACCGACGCGCUACAACACUCACGCUCUGCGAGUCCUGCAGCCCCCCGGCUCCAGCACCCAUACUUCCUCUCUCCUUCAACGGUCCGGGAACCACGAUGCUCAACCUCACCUCACCCAUCGCCCUCCUCGCUCUCUUCGCGGCACUCUCCACAGCCCUGCCAGCACCCCACACCAGCGCGGGAGUCGAGCGGCGCGAACCGGUGCCUGACGACAAGGCGGGCGUCUACCUCUGCGAAGACGUCGGCUGGGGCGGCGCCUGCGCCCACGACUUCGUCCCGCUCGGCAGCGGGCCCGCGAGCUGCGUGGCCAUGGACUCGAAGACGAGUAGUGUUGGGCCGGAUGAGGGGAGUUGGUGUGUGUUUUAUACCAACGCCUUCUGCCAGCCCCUCGCCUCCGACGGCUCCGACGCGCUCACCCUGCACCACCCGGGUAGUGCGAAUCUGAUCCAGACGGAUAAGGGGAACUUGAAUGAUCGGUUGUUGUCGUACCACUGCUUCAAGGAGAGUAGCUAGGUACUGGGUAGGAGAGGCUUGGGUGCUUUGGGAUCAAAAACGGGGAGGGAUCGGGAGACGGGAGGGAGAUGGGAGGGG